UGCAAAACUGUUGAUGACGGACUGGGUGUGUUGUAUAAACACAGAGACGGAUGAAAUAGUCGCACAGAGACGGAGAACCUGAACGCAUUCACAGUAUAGUGCAGGUUAUGAUAUGCACAAUAUUCCGCCUAAAGAGAAUACAGAGCAAAUGUGUGUUUGACGGUUGACUGCUGGAUUAGCUAAGCAAAUACGCUAAUUGGAUCACCGCUGGCUGUACACAGCAUAAAUAGAACACUCCAGGUAAAGAAAAACAACGUACUCAGCCCCUGCAGAUCAGUCCAAGACAAGAACUCCCACCCUGUCUCUGAGUGGUUUAAAAGGGCGUUUGAGCAGCAGAUCCAUGACGAUGAGGGCACUGGCUGUGUCUCUGGUCCUGAUGGCCUCUCUGGGGGUCUUCCACUGUGCUCGGGAGGGGCCCAUAAUGGACAUAUCUGAGGAGACCCUGAAGCAGCUGUCGUUGGAGGGUGAGAAGUAUGUGGACGAGGCCGUGAGGAAGGCGUUAUAUGGGGUCAAGCAGAUGAAGGACAUCAUGGCCAAGAACGAGGAGAAGCACGAACACCUCAUGAAGUCCCUCAAGCACAGCAGUGACAAGAAGAAGGGGGCAGAAGAGCUUGUCGAGGAGGUGGAGCACAAGCUGGGGGAAGUGGAGAAGCGGUGCAGGGACUCUGUGCAGGCCUUCUGGGAAGAAUGUCGGCCUUGCCUGGAGAAGGAGUGCAAAGCCUUCUACACCAAAACCUGUCGCCGGAGCUUCUCUGCCUUCACCAACAGGGUGGGGAACUUCUUCCACAGGGUGACUUCUCAUCUUGGCCCCCAAGGCUCCGAGGAGCAGCUGGGACAAAACCAGACGGCCGAGAGCUCGGAGCAGGACGCGGUGCGGAUCGAGGAUUCCUUCGGCAUGCUGCUCUCCAAAGUGGGCACGCUGGUGAACCGCUGCGUCGUGCUGGCCUCCCGCAUGCAACACAAGCUGGACAGGAACCUCCGCAAGACCUACGACCCCGCGCUCCAGGACAGGGAGGCCGAGAUCGUCCUGCCGUCCCCCGACAGGGACCUGGACUCUGGCUUCCUGAAAGGCGUGGGGCUGGAGGAGGUGAUGGAGUCCUUCUUCGACUUCGGGCGCAGCGUGGUGGAGGAGUUCGGCGCCGUGCUCACGCAGGUGUUCGACGACAUGGGUGACGCGGCGGACGAGGAGAGGAAGAGAGAGAAGGAGCUGUUCCCGCGCUUCCUGCAGAACAGGAAGCUGUGCAGAGCCCUCCGCAGGCAUUCGUCUGAGUGCUGGCAGCUGCAGCAUAAGUGUGAGCCCUGUCAGGGAACCAUGCUGUCAGAGUGCCCCAAUGUCCGGGAGUUGCACAUUGAGCUGGGCGAGGUGUCUGAACUGCUGGAGGUGUCCAAGCAGCAGUACGAGGAGGUGCUGGAGAUCGUGCAGCGGCACACGGACGACACGGUCAGCUGGCUCGGGAACAUGGCCACGGAGUUCGACUGGGUGGCUGAGCUGGCAAACAACAACAGCGCCCCCGAGAGCAUCUUCAGCAUCACUACAGUGGAGAUGCACAAUGAUGAGGGCGUCAUUGUGUCAGGGGGGAAGACCAAGGUGGAGGUGAGCAUCCUGAGCUCCCCCAUGCUCACGCUGACGGUUCCGGGCGAGCUGGAGCUGCAGGACCCCGCCUUUGUCCAGUAUGUGGCUGAGGAGGCUCUGGGUCUGUACAAGCAGAGGGUCAGGCACGAGGAUAACUGAGGAUGAAAGUGAACAGCGGGUUCGUUUCUUCAUUGCUGUAGCGCUUCGCUAAGGCAAACUCAACUGGAAAGAGCAUCUGAAUAAACUUAGCAUAACUAUGAAUUUUCUUAGACUUCACGUGUUAAUGGAAAUAAAUUAUGUUCCAUAUACA